AUGGAAUAUCUGAGCAGUUGUAAUAUAUCAACCAUUGAGACAGGCGUAUUUUCGGAUUUGCCUCGUGUUCGAACCAUAUAUUUGAGCAACAAUGAUAUAUUUACUUUACAUAAAGGAACGUUUAGAAGUCUCCAAUCGGUAUAUACUAUAAAAUUGGACAACAAUAAGAUAACCUCAAUACAUCCAGAAGCAUUUCGAGACCUACCAUCGUUACAGUAUCUAUAUGUGCGCAACUGUCAAAUAACAACAAUACAACAAGGAACGUUUCAAGACCUACGAUCGAUCUAUGUUUUGCUUUUACACGACAAUAAAAUUACUACAAUACAAGAAGGAUCAUUCCUGAACCUAACAAGGAUCCAUACUAUAAACCUGACUAACAACAACAUAUCUGUCAUUGAGGAAAACGCCUUCAUCAAUCUAGGAAUCCAAGCCAUAUUUUUGGGAGGAAGCCAUUUGAAAUUCGUUAACGUUGACACUUUUAAACAUCUCAACACUUUAUGGCAUCUGGAUGUGGAACUAGUCUGUGAUUGUAAAAACUUUCCGUUUUGGUCCUGGAUUAGAUCAAAAUCGUUUUCUGGAAGUCAAACCUGUUUGGAUCGAUAUAAUAUUCCGAUGUCAAGUCUGCAAUCAAGUGAUUUUGAUAAAUGUACCAUCCCCUGCUCUGCAGUCAGAAUCGAUAACUAUGAGGAAUCCGUUUUUAUUUCAUAUGGAAAGUUGGCAUUCAAGAAGGCCGACGAUACAACUUUCAUUAUUAAAAAAGACUUUCCUAUGAUGACGGUAAAAAACAACUAUGAAAUAACAAUACCGAAAAUCGGAAUGAAGAAAGGACAUUUGGUAGUCUUAUACUCACAAAAUGCAGAUAAAACCAUAAUACCAGCUGUGAAGUUUUUAUUCACUGAUGAAAAUUAUUUUAACAUCAUAAAGAGGACGAUGAUGCAGUCUACAAGAUAAUAGAGGUUACAUUUUAAGACAAUAAAAAUUGAAAAAUGCC